AUGAGGGCGUCUCUCGUGUCCCCAGCAGAAGGCGGGCCGCGUACCAUUCAAGGCGCGAUAGGCACGAUUAUGGAGCUGACGGAGGGCGAGGGCCAUGCCCAUGGGCAUGGUUGGCCUGUUGCUCUCCCCGCUGCUCUUGAGGGCAGUCCUGAGAGCAAUUUGGAGGGCGGCCCGGAAGCCAACCCAGAAGACAACCCGGAGGUCGACCCGGUACUCUGUACUAUGUUGCAAGACCUCCGCCGCCGCGCCACUCAGGUCCUCGGUGUGGCAGGCCCUUUGCUAAACGAUGGGGAAAUGAAUUCUCGGAAGCGCAGACUCGCUAGGACUGUCCACCGGUUGGCACGAACCCUCACCCAGCUCCUCGACGAUAACCCGUCCGUCUCUGAUCCCCCGCCCGAAAUCCCCCUUGUCGACGAGAAGCCAUGUUCUUUGGAAGCCAUAGUUUCCAGCACAGAGCACCCCUUGAGGCUGGCUGCCCUGUCCAAGGGGCUUGACUUCAACUUCUUUGUCGCGGAGGGCAUAAAGAGAAACCCCUAUGUCGUAGCCGACGCGGGGCGUUUACGACAUGCCAUUAGCGGGGCGCUUGCAAGCAGCAUCCAAGCGACCACGUGUGGCCAAAUCGAUUUCUACGUUAGAGAAAAUGAGACGCCCCUGGACGACCCAGAAGCCGUCCAUAUCACGUUCUCCGUGCGCGACACCUCGAGAAUUCAACCCUCUGCUCCUGAUACCAGGACCUCCAGUGGUGAUCAGCCCAUAUCCCACCUGGGAACCGUCAAAUACUUGGUAGAGGCCAUGAGAGGCCGAAUCAGGGUGGACUCGAUCCCGGAACUUGGCACUAGAACGAUGUUUUGUAUCCCCUUCGCUCGACCGUCGGGCGACGAUAUGCGCGAGCUCGACUCCCAUGGGUCGAAUCUCACGGUGGAUACGCACGCCACGCUGCCGGUGCCGUACGCGGAUGAUGAGGAGGUUGUAAACGCGAUCGAUGGGUUGGUGGUGAAUGGGAACGUAACCGGUGGUCAUGUUAUCAUGUGA